AUGAGUUUCUCCUUCGACAUCCAGCCCAUUGGCCGCUUCGUGGGUCAAUCUGCGGCUAUCAAACGCCCACGAGAAAUAGCUUGCUUCUCUUACGAUGAUAAACACACGUUCCGCCUAGACGAUUCGUCUAUUCGAUACUACUAUCCCCCAACCAUCGGAGCAGAUUUAUCCAAGGGAUUCGAUACUUUUGAGAAAAUGGAUGAUACCGCGGAUGAUCAUCUCGAUAGUCUACUCAAAACCAUUAUGGCUCACGAGGAAAAGACAGGAGAACGUGUUGAGGCAGACUUUAUCACCUGGCGUGGAAUGAUGACAAAAUUUAUGGCGGCCAUAUUUAGCGACAGAGAUAGACCAGCUGACAAGACACGAUUCAAGGGCACUAUUUUCCUUGAGGAGAACCAUGAGUACAAACUUGAGUCACAGCAAAGACAAUCCCAGCAGUUUACUCAACCAGGAAGACCAUCACAGGAUAUGAUGAGUUUUUGGGGUUACAAAUUUGAGACUCUUUGCCUGCUGCCAGCACCUUGGAGCGAAACAUCAAGGGACUACAUCGAGAACCGAGAAGCGGAAGUUGUCACCAACUACGCCCAGUAUUGCUCAGUGGUGCGCACAGGAAUUGGCAAUAACAUUUUGAUUCUGGGCGGAGAGGUCGAUGCAGUUUGGGAUAGCAAGCCUGUGGAUGGAGGCCCGAUCAAUUGGGUCGAGUUGAAGACCAGCAUGGAUAUCAGAGGCGAAAGAGAUAUGGUUACCUUUGAAAGGAAAUUGAUGAAGUUCUGGAUACAAUCAUUCCUCCUAGGAGUUCCAAAGAUUAUCGUUGGCUUUCGAUCUCCCAAUGGCAUACUUCAAAGAAUCGAAGAAAUUUCCACAGCUUCAAUACCCUCGAAGGUCAAACGAGAAGGAAGAGGGACGUGGGAUGGAAACAUGUGCAUCAAUUUUGCAUCAGAGUUGCUGGGCUUUCUCAAAGCUACGAUUACCGAAGAGGGCGUUUGGAGAAUCCGUCGAAAGGAAAGAUCUAGCACUAUUGAAGUUUAUAAACAAGAACAGACUGGCCAUGGGGAUAUCCUACCUGACGACUUCAUCAACUGGAGGAUAAAACUAGCCAUGAAAGAGAGAGAUCAAGCAAACAAAGCAGAAGAAACUCAAGUUUAA